AUGAUAUCGUCUCGCGCGUCAUCCCGAGAGAGCCAUCACGGUAAUAAGGCUCUUGCCUCUCGCCCCUUCGCUCCUCGGCUCCAUUCUCCUCAUCCGGCCCUCGGCCGUUCCUCCUCAACGGCCCUCGGCCCGUUCCUCCUCAACGGCCCUCGGCCCGUUCCUCCUCAACGGCCCUCGGCCCGUUCCUCCUCAUCCGGCCCUCGGCCCGUUCCUCCUCAUUCGGCCCCCGGUCCGUUCUUCCUCAUCCGGCCCUCGGCCCGUUCGUCCUUAUCCGGCCCUCGGCCCGUUCGUCCUCAACGGCCCUCGGCCCGUUCCUCCUCAUCUGGCCCUCGGCCCGUUCGUCCUCAUCCGGCCCUCGGCCCGUUCCUCCUCAUUCGGCCCCCGGCUCGUUCCUCCUCAUCCGGCCCUCGCCCCGUUCGUCCUCAACGGCCCUCGGCCCGUUCCUCCUCAUCUGGCCCUCGGCCCGUUCCUCCUCAUCCGGUCCUCGGCCCGUUCCUCUUCAUUCGGCCCCCGGCCCGUUCCUCCUCAUCCGGCCCUCGGCCCGUUCCUCCUCAACGGCUCUUAUCCCAUUCCUCCUUCAUCUAA